AUGCCACUGGUUGAGCUCGGUUUACAUGCCUCAGACCCCCUCUCCUCAGGUAUCUCCUCAGGUGCAGAUAACCCUCUCAGGUGGAGGGGAGGGGCGCUGGGGUCAACACCGACGCUUCCCAACGCCCCUCCCCUGUGGCCGUGCAGGGACUCGUGGGGACGGGAGGGAGGGAGGCAGCACUGCAGCAUGGCAAUCCCACUGCAGCAAGGGAGAGUAUGGGGAUGGGCUUGGCCUCUCAAGGUCACUUGGCAUCAAGAGAAGAGUGCAGCAGAGAAGCAGAGUAGCAUACCGGCAGCAGCAGUUGCAGCAGCAGAAGCAGUGGGGGGUGGGGGGCUAGCAGCCUCAGCACCAUGGCGCUCUGCACGGCUCAGCCCGACCCCGUCCACUCCCCCUCCUAAUACCAGCACGGACAGUCCUGUUCAGUCGGCGCGAGUUUACCUUCCCGAUGUCGACCACGAGGUGUUCAAGCAUUUCCGCCGCAUAAAGGUGGACGAGGGGAAAUCGCAGCAAUACGAAUGCAGGCACUGCUGCAAUGUCUUUUCUGGCGCCGCCACCCGCUGCGCGCAGCACUUGGCGAGUUGGAGGAAGAUGAGGCGCCGCGAAGUCGCGCUAUGCAAGGAAGCCCCCUCUGAAGUACGGGCUGCCAUCCGGAAGAAGUAUGAGGCUAAGGCUGCAGCGGCGAAUCAGCGCCGCCAGGCGACAUCGGAUGCCAUUGCGUCGGUCACCAGCGGCGGAAAGAGGAGCCGCAUUACUAACAACUUGGAGACGGAUGCGGCAGCUGCGAAGCGCGAUGCACACGAGGCGUUGGCGCUGAUGUUCGCGGCGUGUCGAAUCCCGGAGCGCGUGGCGGCGCACCCUCUCUUCAUCAACGCCGUUUGUGCCAUUAGGGACUUCGGCACAGGAUACGUCCCCCCGACGAGGACGUUCAUCGGCGGGGCGGGCUUGCGACUUUGUUGCGAGAACAUCGACAGAGGGCUUUCUGGAGUGAAGGCGAGCUGGAAGCGGACCGGCGUGACAAUUUCUUCUGAUAUGAUAACUGAUAAGAACGGUCGCCCCCAGGCGAAUGUGUUUCUCGUUAACAAGAGCGGUGCGGUGUUCAAGGAUAGCGUGGACUGUCGCAUGGAGACCAAAACCGGCGGUUAUGUCGCCAACAUCCUCAGGCCCGUGGUGGAGGAGGUCGGUUCCGAUAACGUGGUGGCGUUCUGCACGGACGGUGGUUCCAACUACGCGGUGGCGUGCAACGAGCUGAUCGCAGAAUGGCCGCACAUUCAACACGUGCCAUGCGCCACCCACGUGUUGGACCUCUUCAUGGAGGCCUGGAGACCCUGGGGUGGAGGUUGA